AUGUGUCUUCCCUUUGGAGGUAGUCGCAACUCCCGCAGCAGCGGUGGCAUGAUGGGCGCUCGCCCAGUAAAGGAGGUUCACCACCAUCAUCACGGAGGCGGUGGCCGCAUGGGCGGCGGUAUGGGAAUGGGUGGUGGACGUAUGGGAGGCGGAGGUAUGGGAGGAGGACGCAUGGGAGGUGGCCGUAUGGGCGGCGGAGGUGGAAUGCUGGGAGGUAUGAUGGGAGGUGGAAGACGAAUGGGAGGACGUCGUUGCUGA